AAUCACUGGGGAGUAAAUGACUCGGUGACGGGCUCAGCCUCAGCGUUAUGUUCGGUGAUAGGUUUACAUAGUUCACUCAGCCUCAGCGUUAUCACCACCCACAGCAACAGAAAGUAAAAGCUGGGCUCUUCAUGGUUUCUAGUUUGUGCAGCGUUCGCGCUUUAGGGUAAAUGAUAGGCUCAGCCUCAGCGUUAUGUUCGGUGAUAGGUUUACAGCGUUUUCCCCACCCACAGCAACAGAAAGUAAAAGCAGGGCUCUUCAUGGUUUCCAGUUUGUGCAGCGUUCGCGUCGCUCUUCCAAUGGACCCGGGUCCAGUGUCCGCCGCGGUGUGAAGCGCCUUUCCAUGGAAGGAUUCUGCAUUUGAAGAACUGGAUACAAUUUCCUACAAAUUUAUUAUAUUUUAUAAAGUAUUAUUACUUUACGAGUAGCGAAGGGAUCGUGAAGUCUGUGUUUAAUCUCCAUAAACAGCCGAUCUGUGGGUUGAGCUGUGAGAAACUGUCAAGCCCUACUACAAAAUGGCCAAGAAUCCCAUGAGGCGGAGGUCUUUGUGAGUAGAAGACAGUAAAUAUACUAAAGGAUGCAUCUAGUUCCAAUGAAGACUGAGAACUGGAAAUCACUGCCUGUCAUCCCAGAUGUCUCACUGUUAACAGCGUUGCUCAUCACUGUAUGGACAGUCAUUGGUUGUGAUCUUGCACUGAUUUUCACAGGAAACCACUGGGAUCAUGUCAGUAGCAGGAGGUGGCACGGAUUGGAAUCCAUCGAUAAAUCAACCGUGCUCAGUAAGAGAAAUGGGUAUGAACAGAUGGUCCAAAUUCCAGCUGGGGUGGAAAAUCUCCAUUUGGUAGCCCCAACUCUACAGGCUUUGCUCUUAAUCGUUUCUAUUGUUACCUAUAUUACAUACCAAGUAAACAGUGAAAAAUACCGCUUCAUAUUUUCAGCUACAAAAUAUGAAGAGUUCAUAAAGAUUAGUUUCCUUCUAUUCCUGAUUUCCCAAAUUCCAGUGACAACUGCUUGUGACCCAGGGGAGUAUGACAAUAAUGGUGUCUGUUGUUCAUUGUGCUCUCCAGGCACGAGAGUAUCCAAACACUGCACCUUGAUGACGGGCACAACAUGUAAUCCCUGUACAAAUGGAGAGUAUAUGGAGCAUCCAAAUGGACUAGAGAAAUGCUUUAAGUGUAAAAUAUGCGAUGCAGAGCUGGGACUUCAAGUUAAACAGGGUUGUGCUUACACUCGCAAUACGAUAUGUGAGCCCAGGGAGGGGUAUUAUUGUGUUGACGGCUGUCAGAUAGCCAGAAAGUACACAGCAUGCCCGCCUGGUGAAGGAGUUAAAGAGAAAGGAACACCUUUCAAAGAUACUGUGUGUGAGAAAUGUCCUGACGGAACAUUUUCAAGCGAAGCUUCAACAACUGAAGAGUGUAAGAGCUGGACAGUAUGUGAAAUGCCCAAAUUUAAACAAGUUGAACCAGGGAGCGCUGAAACUGACCGUAAAUGUGAAAAAGUGUCCGUGUCCAACAGGAUAGUUUUUGUUUCUGUUGCGGUCGUUAUCUUGCUUGUAAUUCCUGGUAUCGUGGUACUUGUUUUGUGGAAGAAACACAAAUGUAAAACAGGUAACCAGAACAUUCAAAGCCCCAGGAAUCACAAUGGAGAUGUGAAGCUGAAUGAGCCUCCCACAGAUGAGGAAAAGGCUCUCAGAGACGGGGAAAGGGCAGAGUAAAGUGGAGGAAAUUACCAGAAAUAACCUGAAAUGGACUAUAAUUCCGAUCGAACCUCCAAGAGGGCUCAAAUCUUUCAUUCUCUGUGAAAAAUCCUGACUUCACUAAAUAGACACAAUCCAUUGUGCACCAAACUUGAAAUUAUAAAUAAUCAGCUUCACCAGUCACAAAUGUGUAAGCACUCACGUGAACCAAGAUCGUUUAUUGUAAGUGAGUGUCAGGAAGUAUUUCGAAGGACAUGUAAAAAGGAAGGAGAUGCUUUUGAUGUUUCCUGGUACAUGUGACAACUAAAGCUAAUAACUGUCAGGGUCCUGAAGAAAUACCGGUUUAAUACCACCCAAAAACCCCCCAGGGAAGCUCAAAUCACAGUUUAUGCACAUCAAAGAUGAUCUGGGACUCAGGACAAUUGCCGUUUACAGGAUUCCUUGUGAAUGUGGAGCAAUGUAUAUUGGCCAGAUGGGACACAUGGUGGAAACCCACAUCAACGAGCAUAGAAGGUGUAUCCGUUUGGGUUAUCUGGAGAAAUUGACGGUAGCAGAUCAUUAUGUUCACUAUAAGAUUGAGUCAGACACAAAACUACUAUGCCAUGCCAAUGGCUUUUGGGAUGAUUUGGUGAGAGAAGCCAUUGAGAUAAAGCUAGAGGAAAAGAAUUUCAGCAAAGACAAAUGUCUCCCUCAAAGUAAGAACUGGAAUUUGAUUGUAAGCAGGGUGGGACAGCAGAAAACUGAUUGGAUAGGACUAACCAAUCAGGGAUGGAAUACAGUUUGUUACGAGCCUGCGGUCAUACUGUGAGUGUUACUUUAAGAGCAGCUGAGUGAGGUGGGACUAUGACGUCAGUCACAGGCUGCUGGGGAUGUGGAACCUGUGGAAUACUUCGUAUUUACCAUUUCUCUACAUUACAGCGUGGAUUACAAAUACAGUUGACCUUCCUUAUCCGUGGGGGAUUGGCUCCAGGAUCCCCUGCGGAUACCAAAAUUUGCAGAUGCUCAAGUCCCUCAUUUAACAUGUAUUAGUGCGGUGGUCUUUAGGACCCAGUGGAACCCCAGACUUUAUUUCACAUUUCUCCAUGCGGUGAACAUUAGGACCUGGAGGUGCAGCUCUGAAUCCGCAGUGUUUCUGUUCACGAAAAUAAUCAUUAUCGCGAUUGAAAAUAAGAUGAAAGUAAUAAAGCGGUCGGAAAGAGGUGAUACGCCAUCAGUCAUUGGAAAAGCGUUGGGCUACAGUUGGUCGACAAUCAGAGCAAUUUUAAUGGAGCAUGUGAAAGGCCCUGCCCCGAUGAAAGCUACAAUUAUUAAUAAGCAACACAGUGGUUAAAUUAUUGAAAUACGUAUGUUUCUUAAGUGUUUUAUAUGCAUAGAAAGGUAAAAUUUGUACUAUAUACUAAGAAAAACGUUUAACUAAUUGAUGCUAAAUAACACCAGAUUUACCUGUUCUGAUUUCAAAUCCGACUUAAAGACUGACUCAGCAAUGGAACUCAUUCAUAGCCUGGGGACUGCCUGUAUUUUUAAGUCAUUUCUAGAUUAUAAUACCUAAUACAAUGUAAAUGCUAUGUAAAUAGUUGUUAUACUGUAUUUUUUUGGGGAAUAAUGACAAGAAAAAAUAAUCUGUAUGCUCAAGCAAUGAGUGCUGGAGAGAGAACUUCUGGGUUUUCCCGAUGCACGGUUGGUUGAAUCCACACAUACGGAAUCUGCGCAUAAGGAGGGCCGACUGUAUCUCUCCCAUCGUUUAUUACGUGGAUCACUGAACUUUUCUAAUUUACCAUUUUAAGACUUCCUGAGCUUGGUGGUUAUACAUACACUAUUAAAUUUUGUUUAUCUCAUUUAAGUUUCUAUAUACUGUGCAUAUACUACUAAAGGUAGUGGUUUUAACAUUAAAACCUGUCUCAGUGUAUAAUCUAUUGCUGCUGGUACGUAACAAGGUCUAGACGUACACAGGCAUCAUUCCUGAUGAAGAUGGCAGAGUUUGUCAUCGAAACAUCAGUUAUAAUUGAACCCUGUACCUGGCCAGAAGCCCGAGAAGAGUUUAUUCGUGUCAUUGUAGUUAUUGAAAGUGUAUUGAUUCACCAGCUGUUUAUAUUUGUACGUAUGAUUACAAAAACUCAAUAUGCUUUGAGUUCACCACAGAAUGUCUCUCUGGUGUUUCCCACUCCAUGUCCCUUCCCUUCCCUUCCCAACCGUGGUUCCCCUCUCCCCACUCCCUUCUCACUCAUUCCACAGCAGAGACCCACAUCAGAAUCAGGUUUAUCAUAUGUCAAGAAUAUUUUUGCAGCAGUACAGUGCAAUACAUGAAAUUAUUACAGUGCCAUGCAAAAGUCUUAGGCACUCUGCAUACAUUUGCUUAAGAAUUUUUUUGUAGUACUGUACAUUCACAUUGCUCCUUUGAAGGGAGUCCUCCCCUCCUGAAUCUGAGAUGAACACUUGGAAAGAAAAAGUUAAAUUUGAUUCCUCCUUGGUCAUUCUCAAAUGUGCAAUGCAAAAUGGGUGUUUGUAAGCCAAAAUGGUGUUAGUUUAGAAUGUGGAAAUGUUUUGAGAAAGUACAAGGAACCAGUCCACAGCAGUGUUUAGUGUGAGCACUCGUCUGUAACACAUUAUCCCAGUAGAUAAUGGUGGAAAAUAUGUUUGUCUGGGAAGGGGGAGAAGAUCCUGCAAGUGCAAAUAUGAUCUGGCACUUUCCCUUGCAUUAGAGUAAGGGAUCUUGAAGGAUAUAAAAAGGGGCAAUUUUGUUGUGCUAGUGGGAAUAUUAAGGUGGGUUGUGAGUUAUUCGAAGAGCUGGGUAUAGAGACAAGGACAACAAGAGGGAGAGAGAGGGAGACAAAAAGUCAUUGGACACCUGUAGUGCUUUCUAUCACUACAUUGUGUGGUUUGGAUCAGUGAUUGGUUUUGUCUUUUUUACAACUUUAUUAAUCAUUAAUAAUUGCCAAUAGGUCAACUUUUUAAUACAUUGUUCAUUACAUGACAUAGAAGCUCUAUUUUUACAAAAUAACAAAGGCUGAAAAUGUAGCACAAAUUUAUUUUAUGAUAUAAAUAUAGAUAAUAUGUAACAUUGAGCAUUGAACCAUUGUGUAGAAUAGAUGUGAAAUGGAAGAUUAAUGUAGGACUCCAUCAACAGGAAGGAAAAUUAAAUACUAAUUACACUGGACAA